AUCUUGAAUGCUGGCCGCCGGUACCACCCCAGGUGUUCAUUGCAGCGAAAAAUGAAAUACCCUUCACGGCAUCUUCUAAUGGUUAGGGGAGCAUUACAACGGGCGCCUCUUUCUCCUUUUUGCUGAGAUAAGGCGAAUGGGGUUCCUGGGUUCAACCAUUGCUCCAUUUUUCUCUCUAAAAUGUAAAGUUCAUAAAGGAUAAAAGCCAACUGAGAGAGUGAUUGAGUCUUGCCACCCCCCCCACCCCCGGAACGAUGGCAGAUCAAAGCGCCGACAUCUACCUACAAAUGCUUACACCUGAUGAUACUGGUAGUGGAUAUCCUGUGGAGAUAACUGAUGUGGAAAAGGCUCAGAUCGAUGAGAGCGACCCACGCCCAUCUCAGAAAGGCAAAUACAAGGACCACCCUGAAACAUUGGAGCUACCCAAGUCGCAUUGGUGGAGUAAAACUUUCCCGUUGGGCCUAGUCUUCAUUGCUAUUGCUGUCGGAUCGGAAGUUCUAUUAAACCACACCCGCAAUGGAAUAGGAUUUGAAAUCAACCUAAGCGACUACGGACGCUCUCGCGCUAAACAGUUCCUGAAGUCAUUUGUUCCAUCUCUUCUUUUCGGUCCAUUAUUCUAUUGGUUCAAAGAGCCCUAUGUUAUCGCACUGCUCAAACCCUUCGAAGCGAACAGGCUGCACCGUUUGGCGGUCUUCAUACUCUCUCGCAUCGCGAUCAGCGGUAGCAUUUUCCAUUCCCUGGCUGGAGCAUAUUUCCAAGUUGUUUCGGUGUCCCUGCCGCAGGAAGUGCAAAUGCGUAUCGCAGGUCACACGGGCCUGGGCUAUGAUGAUGUCGGAUUCACCCCGUUCGUGGAUGCUGCAGGGUUUGUGGGUGCCGUCAGCCGGAUCGGUGCUCUGUAUUCUCCAUUUACCUUGAACGACACCAAGACUGGAAACACCUGGGUGGUGCCGGAUUCUGCUCUCGUUGACCCUGCCCUAGAUGGGGACGUGAACCUCACAUUCAGGGGAUUGUCGGUGCAAGCCAGAUGUGCCCCAGUUCCAUCACCAGUAAUAUCGGGUCCGGACACCGCCAACAGGUACAACAUAACGGGGACUCUUUCCCAUAACUGCUCCGCCACGUCCAAUGUCAUCACCAAUGGCACAAUAUGGGACGGCUGGAUGGUCCCCGCCCCUUUUGGAUGUGUACGAAGCAUCGACCCUGGUAACAAUUACUCAGACUCUAGUGACCCGUGGUUUUCUCCCGUGGCAUUCUCUUUCCUCAAAAACACAUCGAGCUACUCGAUGGUCUUCUGCUACAGCAUGAUAGCGGAGCACGAUCUCACCGCCACACUUACAUUCAAUUAUGACACCCCAUUCAUUUCCGAUGUCGUGGAUCGAGGUAACGUCUCAUUCCUCAGUUGGGGUCCCAGCGGGAUAGGCUGGCCAAGCAGUGAUCCCCGGGUGGAAGGCAUCGGAGACGCGAUCAGCUUUGCCUUGGCUGGUUCGAUCAUGAACCUUGCGGGUUUAUUCAAGAUUGGGGUUGAAAUAAUAUCACUACAGGACAACACUCUCGGGGACGCAAACUCCGUGGUUGGACUUGCCGAGGACGCCGUUAAAUUAUUUCAAGCAACCCUCGCCCCUUCCACGUUUAUCAUUGGGCCACCGUAUUUCCGAAAUGUCACGCUGGAGGCGCAAGCAGCAAACGGCCUGAUUGCCAUCCCUCAUGUGGCACAUGUGAUAACUGCCCUGUGCGCUAUCGUUGGAUCCAUUCUUAUCGCGCUUUCCAUAUAUCAUUUCUGGCGGCGCAAGGAAUUAUUGACCAAUGCCGCACCUUCAGCGACUACGACGACAGCUCCAGCGCCGGCUUCAUGAAUCGAAGCUCCUAGCUACAAGGUUGAUCUGAAUGGAUUUUCCCCUAGGUACUCGCAUGUAUUACCUUGCUUACAAGGUCUGCCUGGAAUCUCUGCUCCUUACAUUGCUCCUGCUUUUCUGUCAGCUACAAUCAUGCCGUGACGCCGAAAUGCGAAGAUGCAGCACAUCGUUGCAGAAUAUGGAGUGAAAGCGGCUUCGAUAUAAAUAGACCUUAUUCAUGAUUUGUUCGACGGUAUAAUCCCCUUCACGUCUCAGACAG